UACCGAGAUCCCUGAAGGCUGGUUGGGCUGGUGAGGCCUGAGGAAUAGAAGUACUGCUGAGUGGCCAGCUUCUGGAAUUUCUGAGAAGCCCUGCUCAAUACAAGAUGGACCCUGUGGUCUUGAGUUAUAUGGACAGUCUAUUGCGACAAUCAGAUGUCUCACUAUUGGACCCUCCAAACUGGCUCAACGACCACAUUAUUGGGUUUGCCUUUGAAUACUUUGCCAGUAGUCAGUUUCAUGAUUGCUCAGACCAUGUCUGCUUCAUCAGCCCUGAAGUCACCCAGUUCAUUAAGUGCACCAGCAGCCCUGCAGAGAUUGCCAUGUUCCUUGAACCCCUGGAUCUUCCCCACAAAAGAGUGGUAUUUUUAGCCAUCAAUGAUAAUUCUAACCAGGCAGCCGGAGGUACCCACUGGAGUUUGUUGGUUUAUCUCCAAGAUAAAAAUAGCUUCUUUCAUUAUGAUUCCCAUAGCAGGAGCAACUCAAUCCAUGCAAAACAGGUAGCAGAGAAACUGAAGGCUUUCUUAGGGAGCAAAGGAGACAAACUGGUCUUUGUGGAAGAGAAAGCCCCAGCUCAACAGAACAGCUAUGACUGUGGGAUGUACGUGAUAUGUAACACCGAGGCCUUGUGUCAAAAUCUCUUUAGACGACAGCCAGAAUCCCCACUGCAGCUCCUCACCCCGACAUACAUCACAAAGAAGAGGGGAGAAUGGAAAGAUCUAAUUGCCAGACUUGCUAAAAAAAACCGAAGUAGCUACUGAAGAAUGCUUGUGAUGUUUGAAGUCUGGUCUUUCUGCCUUUCUCUAUGGUGACAGCCUCAGUGCCUGAGGGAAAAACACUAGUAGAUGAAAGUUUACUAUUCCUGCUUCUUUAUUGUUCUGAAAGAAUGUCAUCCUCUGCGUUCUCUGAAUGGGAAGUUUCACUGUAACCCUGAGGAGAGCAGUGCAUUCUGUGAAAAUGUCUGGAACUUAUGUACCAAAACCUUAAAAAAAAAAAAAAAAAAAAA